GCCGUUUUCCACAGGGAGCGCCGGGGCGUGCUUGCUUCUUUUUCGCGCGUCUGUGUACCGUGACAAUGUCGUGGAAAGUCGGGCUUCAAGACACCGAUUUUGACCCCGAAAUCCACGGCGAUGUCGACUUUUCGUUCUUCUCGGAAGACGGAAGCAGCGGAGCAUCGUCUGUCGCUGUCAAAGUCACCACGGACAAGAAGCCGCCUGAACCCAUCAAACUCACGCCCCCGGACAUCACAAUUUCUUCUUCUUCCGACACCAAAAAAAUCACCAUACCCGCCGUGAAUGGAGCAUCUGCUCUUGACGUGAGCUACAGUGACGAAGAAUUCGAAUCCAGUUCCGGCGACUGCGCGACGGAAUCAGACUCCGAGGGCGGUGAUAUCACGGAAGUCUCCCCGCUUUCGUCGCCCAAUCUGAGCCCGUUUUUGCCUCGAAGGAAGAAAAUCGGAGCCAUUCACCGAAAGCUGCGACUGGAGAGUGAAUCUGAAGAGGAUUCGGAUGCCAAUCGUGUUUCUCGUGAUCCCUUGAGUAACAUGAAGUCUCUGACGGAUACCCUGAAUCAAAUAGAAACCAAGCGCCAUCAUCGUCAUCUCACGCCGACACCGAAACGUACUCGGAGGUUCAACAUGUCCUUUUCGAACGACGAAGUUGUGCGGAUAGACAGGGACAACCAGAUAUUGUUGCGUAAAAUUUUGCAGUGUCAUAAUCGACCCGCGAGUUUACCAGUGAGGGCUGCGACCCGCGCCUUGACUAGGUCAGCAAAUUCCCUGUCCACUUCGAAGGCUGUUACGAAGGCCAAGGAGCAGCGCCGCAUUGACUACGAAAAUUUUAUACUGCUCAAGAAGAUUCAGUCUGCGAGGCCGUCAUCGGAGAUCGAGGAGAGUUUGCGACGUGGCGCAUCGUCGCGGAGUAAUGGAAUCCGCAGCGGUUCGUCUCAUUCGAAAGAGCGCCAUCAUUCGGUGUCAUCUGCCUCUGCCAUGUCGAAACCUGGUCACGACUCUAGCACAGACAUUGGAUGGAUCUCGUGGUGAUGUGGUGUUGUGUGCUGUUUUUUUCUUUUGUGGCAUUUUCCGUUGAGCAAGGAUCUCCCGAAGGACGUGACGUUCAAGGGGCAGCGUGGGAAUUUGGAUCAUUGUCGGUAAUUAUUUCAAUUGCCCUCUUUCUCGGGGACUUUCUGGCCUUUUCUCUCUCCCAUUUACUCUCGCAAAUUGAUUGGGAUUGUCGUCUUGACGUUUUAAUGAUCGCCUCUUUUUUUUUUCUUGACGACUUCUGAUGCAUUUCUGAACUGUUGUCUCAAAUUGUGCUUUGUACAAUUCGUACCGUAGAAAGCAUUUGUCCAAGAAUUCCAGCUUUUCCCACUUGAACACUUCCAACUAAAUUUAUUUGUUCUGGCAGUAAGUACCGUAUUCACUCAAGUACCAUGUGCACGUGCGUGGGAUGCGCCGUUAGAUUAUUCAGUCGAAUUUUUGGCAAAGGAGUUUUUGAAUGAAGCCUCUACCAAGUAAUCAUGAUUAUUUUUAUGUCUGGAAUAUUGAGUGUUUAAGUUUUCAUUUAAUGGUACUUUCAGCUCAAUCUGUUCCUUCUAUCUUUUGUUUCAUAUCUUGUUCGAAAAUAUUCCUGAAUUUCCACGGUAGAAUCUCGCUACAACGAAAUAAUGCUCACAACGAUUUUUGUUCGGUCCCUGUCCAAUAGCCACAAUGGUAUUUGUAUUUCGUUUAAUUUUUUGACGACGAAGCAUUUUUAAGGUUCCAAAUGAUACCUUGUCACGAGAUUCUACUGGAUCUUCUUGAAAAUUUUAUUUAAUCCAAUCUAAUUCAAGUUUUAUUUGAGCUUUGCAAAAUUCAGUUUGUAAUUUUUACGAAUUUCAUUAUUGUGAUUUGAACAUGGCAUGCACUAAAUUUUGAAAACUUAUUGGAAAAAUUCGCUACCGAGGAUGAGGCAGCCCUUAUUUAUAAUCUGGAUUUCUGAGGGAAAACGUACAUGUGGUAUUUGAUCAAAUAACAGCUGUAUUAAAUCCUGCUGUGUUCAUCGACAGUGAAUCAAAAGCCAUUAACUUUUGCACAACUUUUACUAGUUGAAGCCUAAAUUUUUUGUGUUCCUAAUUUAACUUCAUCUCCAUUCUCCUGACUAUUUAAAAAUUAACUUCUGUGAAUGAGAAAGAAAUUGAGAAAUUCGUGCUAUAUGGAUAGAAUAAGGAAAAUCUGCUCGCCAAUGAUCAGGCUUUGCAAACGCUGGUUCUCGCGGGGGAAACAAAGAAAAAUAUUGUGCUGAGAUUGGAUUUUAAAAUUGCCAGCAUGAUUCUUGAAGUGAAUUGUUUUACGGUUCAAGUGGAAAAACCCCGAUUUCUUGGAGGAAACGUUCUCCUUCGACGCUUUCGAAUGCCAAAAAAAAUAUAUUGGAGUUUUCCAAUGAACAAAAAGAAAGCGGAAGCUUGAUGAAACGCAUCGCCUGAAGUGCACCUGUUGAGUGCUUGUGAUAGCCUUUUUGCGGGAUGCAUAAGUUACUGGGUGUCUUUGUGUAUGGAUCCUCGGUGUUGAGUGUUCAGUGAACCAUUUUCAUGUGUCGCCAAAAAGAAAGAAAAAAAGACGUUGAACUCUCGGCAGUGGCGCAUUUAUCCAAACUAUGCCAAGAUCUCGUUUAGCCACUUGCUUCUUAGCUACUGUUGAUCCUCGCGCUGCUGCCGUCUGUUCCUUCGAAGUCUCUCCUCGUACCUCUUGUAAGUGGCGAUGUGUGUGUUGCAUAUUUCGCGGUUGUCUGACGUGAAGGGAUGGGCCAUGGAAAGUCGACCUUUUUUGUGACAAAGAUGAACAAGCGAGGAGAUUGUUGAGCAAUUUUAUCGCGAAACCUUGUCAUUCCUAAAAGUAAGGUACAGUAUAUGCUAGGCCCCCAUGCAUUAAAAAUCUGGUUACAUGGGUGUGGAUAGUGAAUGGCGCUUCGUUUCUGGACUUCUCAGGUUUUCCUUCCAUGUCUUCAAAUUUCUUCAUUGAUGGUUUUUUGGCUAACUAAAAAAAUGAUGUAACAUUUCCCAGUGAAUUUGUGAUCAUCUCUUCGCAGUAGAUUUACAGGUGAACCUCAAUGAGGGGAACCUCCCUAAGUUGAAUUUUUUUUCCAGUCCCUGUCUGAAUUCCCUUAGUAUCAAUACAUUGAAAACCUUCCAAAUUUUUUAUAAAACAUUUGUAAGUCGAAUUUUCUAAGGCCUUCUGGUCAUUAUUUUAUUGAAAUAUGGAAGAUAAAAUGAUUAAAGCAUGAUUUAGAAUUUGAUGCAUAUUGAAAGGAAUUGAAAGACAAAUACCGUAUAGCAAAUGAACCCCUGCCUCCAAGUUCAGCAAGGUGUACCCCAGAAUAUCCUCAUUUAUGAUUUCCCAAAUUUGUUUCAAUUCUAACAACAAAAGUGUUUGUUUCCUCAACUAGAAACCUAAAAAAAUGCAAACCUCCCUACAUCAAUUUUUUUCCCUGGUCCCUAGAAAUUCGACUUAGAGAGGUUGAACUGUAAUAGAUUGAACGUGAUGUCUAAUAGGUUUUUUUUUUGCCCAACAAUAAAUGAAUGGUACACAAAAUUUUCCUUUGAAUCGAUUUCCUUUUCAAGCAUUGUGUCGCAAAAUGAUGGACGUUUUUGAAUUUUAAGUACGGUAGAAGGAAUUCCAAUUCACAUUCUCGAAGAAUUGCCGCAUUUACUAGACUAAGUACAGAUUGUUACUAUGAAGAAAGGGAACUUCACUUGUGCGUGCCAGUUGCUAAAAUUUGCUUCCUUGUAAUUUUGAAAAUGCCCGUGGGGUGAGUGAAACGGAACAAUCCACUGGCUUGUCCACCUGGUUACAUAGUAUCGAAAGGGGUCAACAUUCUUGUGGCCCAGCCUGCUUAAACCGCUGGCUGGCUUUUUCGGUGUGUGCGGUUCAGAAUUACGCGCUGCGUGGGCAUAAGAUGACAGACAACAAGGUGCACGGGUGAGCAGAUCAAUUUAUUUUCUGUUUUAUCACCGUGCUAUCCUGUGCAUGCUCUCGAGUUGUGCUUUGAGAAAAAUGUCGACUUCCCUGAUGUUUACGAAAAGAUUGGCCUGCGUGUGCAAACGUUCAAGUCGAAAGAUUCUGGAUGCCGUGAAGAAAGAGAUAAGUGUCACAGAAAGACGGUCUUGUGCUACCUGAGCGUGCGAUCUCGUGAAAGCGGUUUAAUUGUGCUAGUAACGAAAAAGAACAGUAGAUGACGUUGUUAUUCAAAAUGCACCUGCUGACGGGUGUCAAGUGUGAAUCCAUUAGUACUGAAGUGGAAAAAUUAAUUCAGCGACAAACUGCACAAAUGAAUCUAGUCAAAAUGACCGAUACACAAAUUCUUGAGUGACGGUGUCUCGACUUUGGAUCCACAAGCAAAAAUCAAACUUUUUCGAGACAAGCCAUUACUGUGUUUCCCAUGCGAUGCUUUGCGAUUAUAGUGUCAAAUUGAAAGCAUUUGCACAUGGAGUUCGCGUUGAUGUACUCGAGAAUGAAAAUAGAUAAUUGCGGUUUCCUAGCAUGUUCGCGAAUUAUUUCACCGCUUGAAAGAGCAACAGGGUCAAUUCAAAGUGGAAGUUGCAAAAUUAUUGUGUUUGACUGACUGACA